AUGGAAGCGGCCAACGGGGCCGUGCCCGAGGGCGCGGCGGAGCGGCCCCGCGGCCCCGCGGCCGCCCCGUCGGGCAGGAAGGAGGUGAAGGUGGUGAUCGUGGGCGACGGGGGCUGCGGGAAGACGUCGCUGUUGAUGGUGUACGCCAAGGGCUCCUUCCCCGAGCAAUACGCGCCCUCUGUUUUUGAGAAGUACACAAGCAGCGUGACGGUGGGGAAGAAGGAGGUCACCCUGAACCUGUACGACACCGCAGGGCAGGAGGACUACGAUCGGCUACGGCCACUUUCUUACCAGAACACCAACGUGGUGUUAAUUUGUUACGAUGUCAUGAACCCCACUAGCUAUGAUAAUGUAGCAGCCAAGUGGUAUCCUGAAGUGAAUCACUUCUGCCGGGGUGUCCCACUCGUGCUGAUCGGCUGCAAGACAGACCUCCGGAAGGACAAGGAGCAGCUGCGCAAGCUCAGGGCUGCCAAGCAGGAACCCAUCACCUACAACCAGGGUGAGGCUGCUUGCAAGGAGAUUAACGCAGAAAUUUACCUGGAAUGUUCAGCAAAAUGUCGUGAGAACAUAGAAAAUGUUUUUAAAGAAGCCACAACCAUUGCACUGAGUGCCAUGAAGAAAGCCAAGCAGCAGAGGAAACGGAAAGUGUGCUCAGUGCUAUGAUCUGGACUGCACGAGAGCCAAGUGAUUCAGAUUUUAUAAACAGUUUAACUUUAAAAACUUUUGGUUUUUUACAUAUUUGUAUUCCUAUGAUAAUUUUUUAAAUUUUUAAUUAUUUUUAGUAAUUUUGCACUUUUGUUACAUUGUUCUCACAGAGUUUUCAAAGCUGUUUAUCACAGUUAACUAAUGCUGUGUGCCUUCACCCAUCUGGCUUUUGCUUCUAAGUGUGAACAACUCACUACUUAAACUGCAAUGAACAGCAACUGCUACUAUCUGACUUGGUGUUGGGGUUUUUCUUCCUCUGCAAAAAAAUUGGGGCACGUUAGAGCUACAAUUUGCUGCCUUUUUCCAGUAGAAAACUCACAUCUUUCAGAAGCAAUG